UCGACUUCAUGUGCAGCCCAUAGCAUAUUCGUCAACUCCUAAUCUGUAUCCAUCCUCCUUCGUCGCCUCCGCGCAUAUCCGCAGAGUGCCUAUUCGCCGCUGAAACGCAUCAUCAACUUCCACAACUCGUGCGAAAGACGAACCCCGAUUCAACAGCCAACCAUGCCGGAAUCAAAGUAUUUCGCGUCGAGUUCGCCGACCUUCACCAAAGCGAAGAUACCUUUCUCCUGGCCGUCGAUACCAAAUCCCAUUCCUAGGAAGUUCCGUCGUCGGUUGCGGUCGAAGUUUCGAAGUGCUCAGUCGCCUGCCUCAUCGAUAGCGAGAAUCGAAACCUCCUUCAACCCCGCAGAUAGCAUUCGUGCUCUCAGAACACACAGAUGGUCAUAUUACGAUGGGCAAUACUUGAUCCUGAUCAUUCUGACAAUUUUUUCCAUGUCGAUCAGUCAAGCUCCGGGGCCAUUGGUUAAAACAGGCGCCGCGUCAUUAUUGAUGUUGGCCCUGCUGAUGCCAAUAACGAGACAAUUCUUCUUGCCCGUCCUCCCAAUUUUCACUUGGCUGGUAUUCUUUUUCAACGCUCGCUUCAUACCUGCCGAAUACCGACCGCAUAUUUGGGUAAAAGUUUUGCCCGCGCUGGAAAACAUCUUCUACGGUGCGAAUUUGAGCAAUAUUCUAUCAGCACACCAACAUGUGGUUCUGGAUGUGCUCGCAUGGGUGCCUUACGGACUUUUGCAUUUCGGAGGACCUUUUUUCUGGGCUGCGCUGAUGUUCUUCUUUGGACCUCCUGGAACUCUCCCAGUAUUUGCCCGCACUUUCGGAUACUUGAAUAUCACCGGUGUGGCAAUUCAACUUCUUUUCCCAUGUUCGCCACCAUGGUAUGAGAAUAUGUACGGACUAGCCCCUGCAAACUACUCGAUGGAAGGGUCACCAGCAGGAUUGGCUCGCAUCGAUAUGCUAUUGGGCUUCGAUAUGUACACCACGAACUUCACCGCAUCUCCCCUCGUGUUUGGAGCUUUCCCAUCCUUGCAUUCUGGAAAUGCUGUUUUGGAAGCUCUUUUCAUGAGCCAUUGCUUCCCGAAACUCCGACCUUUGGUGAUUGCCUACGCAAUGUGGAUGUGGUGGGCGACAAUGUAUCUCUCUCAUCAUUAUGCCGUGGAUCUUGUUGCAGGCGGAUUCUUGGCAGCAAUUGCAUUCUACAUUGCAAAGACCAAUUUCUUGCCCAGAAUCCAGCCAGGAAAGUUUUGGCGCUGGGAUUACGAUUAUGUUGAGAAGGGAGAUUCGCCGAUUGGAGAGUACGAGUACGGGUUGACUGUUCUUGGUCAUGAUGAUUUCCGAAAUGACAGCAGCGAUGAGUGGACUGUCGGAUCUUCAUCCUCGAUUUCAUCUGGCUCAAGAAGUCCAGUUGACGAGAGUCAAUCUUGGGAGGGAGAGACUCUCGCUUCACAGACAUCAGAUUCCGAACUUCAGGAAAUCAUUGUUCGGUGAUCCUCAAGAACCUCAGAACCUAGCUUUCUAAUCGACACGUCCUCCGUCGAUUUGUCCAUCUCAUGAUUUCACGGCAUCAUGUUUACGGCGUUUAGCAUAUGAGCGACUUCGUACCGCUUUUAAUCCCUCUUCAAACCAAACUUUUUACAAACUUUGGGAACCUCUCGACACAACUCCGCCCUGUAUAUAAUCCUCAACUCCCCUACCCUGUUCGAGAGCUUUUUCCUGGAAUCUUGGAGAACC